AUGUCGAAGAAGGGCCCUUUAAUCUCCGGUGCCCCUCUUCCACUCGCCGCCAUGUCGUCCUCGUCAGCCAAGAAUGAGGUCAAUAAGACCGUUCACCCCUUCUCGCGCGCCCAGCUCGAGGGCUUGAUGACCAAGCGCUUCUUUUACAUCCAGGCUUUUGAGAUCUAUGGCGGUGUGGCCGGUCUCUACGACUAUGGCCCCAUGGGCGCAGCAUUGCAGGCCAACAUUAUCUCGGCAUGGCGCAACCACUUCAUCCUCGAGGAGGAGAUGCUAGAGCUCGACACGACCAUCAUGACUCCUUACGAGGUCCUCAAGACGUCCGGUCACGUCGACAAGUUUGCCGACUGGAUGUGCAAGGAUUCCAAGAAUGGCGAGAUCUUCCGUGCCGACCACCUCGUCGAGGGCGUACUCGAGGCAAGACUCAAGGGCGACGAGCAGGCCCGGGCUGGUGGGAGCGCACCAAAGGCGGACGUCCCCGCCGAGAAGACCAAGAAGAAGAAAGUCAAGGCCGAGGCCGUCAAGCUCGACGACGCCGUCAAGGCAGAAUACGAAAAUGUUCUCGCGCAAAUUGACAACUACGGCGGCCCCGAGCUCGGCCAGCUCAUCAAGAAGUACGACAUUCGCGCCCCCGAGUCGGGCAACGAGGUCAGCGAGCCCAUCGAGUUCAACCUCAUGUUUGGCACCAACAUCGGUCCCACGGGCGCCCUCAAGGGUUACCUUCGCCCAGAGACGGCUCAGGGUCACUUCGUCAACUUCUCUCGACUCCUCGACUUCAACUCUGGCCGAGUCCCCUUCGCGUCUGCUCACAUCGGCAAGUCCUUCCGUAACGAAAUCAGCCCUCGUGCUGGACUGCUCCGUGUUCGUGAGUUCACAAUGGCUGAGAUCGAGCACUUUGUCGACCCGCUCGACAAGAAGCACAUCCGCUUCGAUGAGGUCAAGGACGUCAAGCUGUCCUUCCUGCCAAAGGACGUGCAGCAAGCUGGUCAGACGACUCUCGUCGAAAAGACGGUCGGCGAGGCCGUCUCCAGUGGCAUGGUCGACAAUGAGACGCUCGGUUACUUUCUGGCUCGCAUCAACCUCUACCUCCUCAAAAUCGGCAUCGAUCCCUCUCGCCUGCGUUUCCGCCAGCACAUGGCCAACGAGAUGGCCCACUACGCCUCGGACUGCUGGGACGCUGAGAUCCAAACGUCAUAUGGUUGGAUCGAGUGCGUCGGUUGCGCGGACCGCUCUGCGUACGAUUUGACGGUGCAUGCAAAGAAGACGAAGCGCGACUUGACUGUGCAGAAGCUGCACAAGGAGCCCAAGAUCUACGAGAAGUGGGUGCCCGAGAUUGAGCGAAAGGCCCUUGGCCCCAAGUUCAAAAAGGACGCAAAGGCCGUUGAAGAGGCUAUCCUUGCGCUGGACCAGGAGCAGCUCGCCUCUUUGGCUUCGCAGCUCAAGAACGGCCCUGCCAAGGUGCCUGAGACCGACUUCGAGGUUUCUUCGCCCGAGCUGCUCAAGAUCGAGCUCAAGACAAUUAAAGAGAUGGUCCGCGAGUUUACGCCCAACGUCAUUGAGCCCUCGUUCGGUUUGGGCCGUAUCUUCUAUGCCCUGCUCGAGCACUCCUUCUGGUCCCGCGCAGAAGACAAGGACCGAGGUGUCCUUUCGUUCGCUCCCCUCGUUGCGCCGAUCAAGGUCCUCGUCGUCCCCAUCUCAAGUAACGAGAAGCUCUCCCCGCUUGUACGAGACGUCGCCGCCCGUCUGCGUCGCAACGGUAUCGCUGCUCGCGUGGACGACUCUAGCGCUACUAUUGGCAAGCGCUACAGCCGCAAUGACGAGCUGGGCACGCCCUUCGCUUGCACGCUCGACUUUGCUAGUGUCUCGCAUGGAACAAUGACGCUCAGGGAGAGGGACACGACGAAGCAGCUGAUUGGGAAGAUUGACGACGUGAUUGCCGUCAUCAAGGGGUUGUGUGAGGCGACAAGCUCGUGGGAGGAGGCAGAGCAGAAGCUGGAAAAGUACAGUGGUGAGCAGGCGGCAUGA